AAGAGUUUAACUUCGAAGUCCCAGUGUGGAUAUAUGCUCUCCUCGCACCACGUGACUUCCUUUCUGGUAAAACCUGACAACAUGGACGCCAGCCGCGUGCAGCCGAUUAAGCUUGCUAGAGUCACAAAGGUCCUCGGAAGAACCGGUUCUCAGGGCCAGUGUACACAGGUCCGAGUCGAGUUCAUGGACGACAGCAACCGCUCCAUCAUCAGGAACGUGAAGGGCCCCGUCAGAGAAGGAGACGUGCUGACACUUCUGGAGUCUGAGAGAGAAGCCAGGAGGCUGCGAUAGUGGAAUAUGAAGCUGUGGAACAUCCGGUGGCUCCAGCUCCACUCACUCGGACUACAGCUCAUGCUCACAAUUUCAAAACACGUUCAAAUGUUUUGAAAUAAAUUUGGGUAUUCACAAA